CUUCUUUUUCCAAAGGGCACUUUGGUGACUUCGACUGCCUGUACGCGCUGCCAUGAAUGGCAAAGAGCGGUCGGCAUGGUCUUCCAAGAUGCCCAAGGCUGUGGACUUCGAGGACGACCCCCCGGUAGCUCUGGACGACACUACACUGUUGGGUGCUGCACCCUCCCGUAGCGCGCCCCAGCUGCCACAGCGGGAGACGGUCUUCGGCUUUGGUGCAGCAAGGCGGCAUCUCUCAGAGCAGUUCCGCAACCUUGUGGACCAGCUGGUGGAGGUCCACCUCACUGAGCUGCAGCUGGAACGACGCCCGCCAGAACCUUUGGACGGUGGUCCAGGUGGGGCCAAGCCUCGGCGCUCGUCGAAAAUCGAAAAGAUUGAGCGAUCGGGAUCGCAGCUUCAUCUGCAAGAGGAGAGCCUCUGCCUUUGCGGAUGUCAUGACCAAGCAGCAUGAGAGUUUACCUCAAGUGCAUGCGAGCCAAAUCUUAGACAUUUGGCAGACUCACGAGGACGAAAUCAAUUCCAUGUUAUCCUUUGACGGCGAAUGGGUGGGCAGGACCAAUUCCAUGGAGAAGUUGGGCUGCGGCGGCAUGGUGGAGCUGGUGCAGUCGGUGAAAUAUGAGAUGCUCAUGGCCAUUUUCUUGUCUCUGAACAUCCUCUGGAUGGCUUUCGAGCUUCAAGUUUAUGGGACCAUGGCUGGAGAGGAUUUGAGAGCGGGCGGUCUGAUCGAUCGCAACUUAAAUGGCUGGGAAACAUGCUUCAUGGUUGGGGAGAUUGUCUUCACAGUGACCUUUGCGCUGGACGUCACCUUGCGCAUCAGCGUCCUUCGAUGUUACUUCUGGCGGUCACCGUUGAACUACAUCGAUCUCCUUGUUUCGGUCACGUCCGUUGCAGAGAUUGUAGUCUAUUACGCCAUCGACCUGCCUGUGAACUCCGUCUUCUUCAGGCUUUUGCGCAUUGGAAAGCUGGCACGAGCGAUACGAAUGUUUUCGAUGACCAGCGUCCUUGCAUCGCUGCAAUUGCUCAUCAAGUGCCUGGCUUCCAGCCGCGAUAUGCUCUUCUGGAGCUUCUGCUUGUUGACAUUGGUCCAGGGUGUGGCGUGUCUCAUCGUCAGCACACUUUGUCGGGAUUUCGUGGAAGACCCGACCUACACGCUGCCGGUGAGGGAGGAGGUCUACCAGUACUAUGGCACCUUCACUCGCAGUUUUCUCACGAUGUUUGAGAUCAUGUUUGCGAACUGGGGGCCACCAUGCCGAGUGUUGGUGGACAAUGUUUCGGAGUGGUUUUCAGCAUUCUUUCUCUUCUAUCGGUGUGUGCUAGGCUUUGCCGUUUUGAAUGUCGUGAACGCGGUCUUUGUCCAACAAACAAUGAAGACGGCCAGCUCGGACGAAGACCUUGCGUUCAAGCAAAAGCAAAAGGACAUGGCCACUUAUACCAAGAAGGUGAAGAAGCUCUUUUCAACCAUCGACUAUUCCGGGGAUGGUUCCAUCAACUUGGAAGAGUUCUCAAAGUUGGUGAAAUCGCCCAAGCUGCAGUUCUGGAUGAGCCAAUUAGAGUUAGAGUACCACGAUCUUCUCAGCCUUUUCGAAUUCCUGGACAAUGGAGACGGCGAGAUUACGCUCAUGGAGUUUAUUGACGGUGCCGUCCGGCUCCGUGGCAAUGCAAAAGCUCUGGAUGUCUGGCGCAUGGAGACAAAGUUGGAGGUCCUUAUGCAGGAGGUCCUCAAGGUGUUGAAUCCAGUGGAGCUGGGAGAGACCAGUGUUCAAGAUGUCUUCAACAACUCUUCGUUCAAGCACAUCAAGUGCACGACCGAACGAAUGAGGAACGAUGUCCAUCAAUCUGAGGCCGACCCUGAAGUGGAGAAAACGAAGACUAUGUGAGAACCAUUUCAAUUCGUUUGUGAGAACC